AUCGCGAUGAAACGCACCAGGAAGUAGUCGCUCCAUGUGCGCGAGUCCGGUAGGUGUGUGAGUUGGCUCAUAGAAAUAGUUUUGGCUUUGAAUUGAGCGUUUUUUGGGAAGCACGCUGAUUGAGCAUGGCGACGUACAGGAAGAAGGUCGAUAAUCGGAUUCGUGUCCAGAUCGAGAAUGGAGUCGCGCAGCUGCACCGUACAAUGUUUGUGAUAGUGGGCGAUCACGGUAGGGACCAGGUUGUAAUUCUGCACCACAUGCUCUCCAAGGCCGCAGUGCGGGCUCGACCCUCAGUCUUGUGGUGUUACAAGCACGAACUCGGCUUCAGCAGUAACCGGAAGAAACGGAUGCGGCAGUUGCAGAAAAAGGUCAAAACAGGUACUCUGAAUCUAAAACAAGACGAUCCUUUUGAGCUUUUCAUCGCCGCCACUAAUAUCCGCUACUGCUACUACAAUGAAACACACAAGAUUCUGGGCAACACGUUUGGCAUGUGUGUGCUGCAGGAUUUCGAGGCUAUAACUCCCAACCUUCUGGCUCGGACUAUAGAAACAGUGGAAGGUGGUGGUAUUGUGGUCAUUUUGCUGAGGAGCAUGAACUCUCUGAAGCAGCUGUACACAAUGGCAAUGGACGUGCAUUCUCGUUACCGGACAGAGGCACAUCAGGAUGUUGUGGGAAGAUUCAAUGAACGAUUCAUACUGUCUCUUUCCUCCUGCAAGACCUGUAUAGUAACUGAUGAUCAACUGAACAUUCUGCCAGUCUCCAAACACAAUGCAAACAUCAAACCCGUGCCACCUAAAACGCAAGAUGAUGCUCUGCCACCACACGAGCAGGAACUGAAAGACCUUAAAGAAUCGCUGCAAGACACACCGUCAGUGGGGACGUUAGUGGAAUGCUGUAAAACCAUGGAUCAAGCCAAAGCUGUACUGAAGUUCAUCGAAGCGAUUUCAGAAAAGACUCUGCGGAGCACAGUGGCGCUCACUGCCGCCAGAGGACGGGGCAAGUCCGCAGCACUUGGAUUAGCUAUCGCUGGGGCUGUUUCAUUUGGCUAUUCCAACAUAUUUGUCACGUCACCCAGCCCGGACAAUUUGCACACGUUGUUUGAGUUCAUAUUCAAAGGCUUGGAUGUGCUUCACUACCAGGAACAUCUAGAUUAUGAAAUAGUCCAGUCUUUAAACCCAGAGUUUAAUAAAGCUGUGGUCCGGGUUAACAUCUUUAAGGAACAUCGCCAGACCAUUCAGUACAUCCAUCCUGCCGACGCUGUCAAGUUGGGUCAGGCAGAGUUAGUGGUCAUCGACGAGGCUGCUGCUAUCCCUUUGCCGCUAGUGAAAAACCUGCUUGGGCCUUAUCUUGUGUUCAUGGCUUCUACGAUCAAUGGGUACGAGGGCACAGGGCGCUCUCUUUCCCUCAAGCUGAUCCAGCAGCUGCGGCAGCAAAGCGCAGAAAGCCAGCAGAAUCUGUCAGCUGAAAACCAAGCCACAAGCACGGCCAGACUGGCUUCUGCACGCACACUCCACGAGGUUUCUCUGCAAGAGUCGAUUCGAUACGCUCAGGGAGAUCCUGUUGAGAAAUGGUUGAAUGAACUUCUGUGUCUGGACUGCUUGAGUGUGCCACGCAUCAUUUCAGGCUGCCCGUUACCCGAAACUUGCAAUCUGUAUUACGUGAACCGUGACACUCUGUUCUGUUACCACAAAGCGUCCGAAGCCUUCCUCCAGCGUCUCAUGGCACUCUACGUAGCGUCUCACUACAAGAACUCUCCCAAUGACCUGCAGAUGCUCUCGGAUGCUCCAGCUCACCAUCUUUUCUGCUUGCUGCCUCCUGUUCCACACACGCAUAACUCUCUGCCCGAGGUCCUGGCAGUUGUGCAGGUGUGCUUAGAGGGGGAGAUAUCCCAGCAAUCCAUCCUCAACAGCUUGUCCAGAGGGAAGAAGGCUUCCGGAGAUCUCAUUCCUUGGACUGUAUCAGAGCAAUUUCAGGAUUCUACGUUUGGGAGCCUCUCUGGUGGAAGGAUAGUGCGAAUCGCGGUGAACCCUGACUACCAGGGGAUGGGUUAUGGGACCCGUGCUGUGCAGCUCCUGCAGCAGUAUUAUCAGGGACAGUUUGCCCUCUUGGAUGACAAGCAGCCAACCUCAGUUUCGUUCAACUCUGUCAGCAGCGAGUCCAUGAGCCUCUUAGAAGAGGUUGUGUCACCUCGAAAGGAUCUGCCGCCCCUCUUGUUGAAGCUGAAUGAGAGGCCUGCUGAAAGACUGGACUACUUGGGUGUCUCAUAUGGCCUCACAGGCCAACUGCUGAAAUUCUGGAAAAAGGCUGGAUUUGUUCCAGUGUAUUUAAGACAAACACAGAACGACCUGACAGGCGAGCACUCGUGUAUAAUGCUGAAGGAACUGAACACAGAGGAUUCGGCAGAACAGAGUCGGUGGCUGCCGGCGUUCUGGAAGGAUUUCCGAAGGAGAUUCCUCUCGCUGCUCUCCUACCAGUUUAGCAGUUUCAGCCCCACGUUAGCGUUAAACAUCCUACAGAACAAGAACAUCAAAGAAGACAACCCAAGUACACUAACGGUCGCAGAACUAACAGCCCAGUUCAUCCCGUACGAUCUGAGUCGUUUGGAAAUGUACUCCCGAAACAUGGUGGACUACCACCUGAUUAUGGACAUGGUGCCUGCCAUCGCCCGGAUGUUCUUCCUCAAACAACUGGGACAUCUCUCGCUGUCUGCCGCACAGUCUGCUCUGCUCUUGGGAAUUGGUUUGCAGCACAAAUCUGUAGAUAAUCUAGAAAAAGAGAUUAAGCUACCCAGCUCUCAGCUCAUGGGCCUGUUCAACCGGCUUAUGCGUAAAGUAGUCCAGAUGUUCAACGCCACCCAGGAGAAGGCGGUCGAGGCGGAGAUGGCCCCCGUCAAAGACGUUAACAUGGAGCCGACUGCCGAGGCACUGCACAAAGAACUGGACGAAGCUGCCAAAGCGUUUGAAGAGAAACACAAGGAAGACAUGAAGAAGAUUAAGGAUAUGGAUCUUUCUCAGUACAUGAUUCGAGGUGAUGAUGAAGAGUGGACUCAAGUGCUAAAGAAAGCAGGCAACACGGCAAUUGUGAGCAUCAAGAGCGAUAAGAAGCGCAAGAUGGAAGAGGUGAACCAGAAGGAGUGGCAGGGCAAGAAGAUGAAGAAAAGCAACAAGAAAAAGGGAAAAUUUUGAAAGGAAUUAUAAAGUACUAGACAAUGUUUUUCUGUCUUUCUUUCUUUUCUUUUUUUAAACGAUUAGUUAUUUGUACUGAACUGUGCAUCACUUCAUUACUUUGAAAACGUCCUCACCUUUCAAAAUUUUUUCAUUAUUUUCUAACUCAAGCAUAAUUUCCAACAAAACUCUAUCUACAGUUCAUUUUCCACAUUUUCUGUACUAUUCUCGAAGCUAAUCAGUUCAAAACCAUUCAUUUAUUAUUCAUCAAACAUAUUUUACAUAUUUUUGUUUUUCAUAAUUUAAAAGAAGGUUAAAACUGUAACCUAAAUAAAUAAUCACAACUGAUUUACACAGGCCUUUUGUUCUAUCGCUUUGUUACCAUCUACACGUAAGAGGAAAUCGUUUGCAUCGUAUUGUUGCAUUGCAUUUGUUUUCUACCACCUUCGGUGUGGUUUAAUUCUGAGGUUACUGUAUGUGUGGAGUUAUAGUGCAUGAACUUCUUGUGGGUUUUGUACAAUUUCCUAAAAACAUGCCGCACUGAAUAAGGGGUGUGUGGGUGGGUGUUUCCGGGAAAUUCUCCAGGCAUGACAUGACCCUGACCAGGAGAAAAGAAGAUGAAUAAAUGUAGAAACAAGCUGCAAAAGAGAAAAGCUUUGCUCUGAAAUGCCAUACUCUAAGUUACUUUCUUUCUCAAACUUCCCGCCCAUAAAAUAUUACAUGAUUGUAUGCAAAAGUAAAUACAUCUGAAAGUCAGUUAUAUAUAAAUGUUGUGUAGAAUUCUGAGCAUUCACAUCAUUUACUGUUUUCCAAAAAGUACAUGAUGCAUCUGAGGAAGGACAAGGACUUGCUUAACAAUGUAGAAAUUUGAACCUACAACCUUUUGAAAAGCAAAACAGCGCCUUAACCACUGACCUGUUGCUACCACUGUGUAGAGUUCAUUGGUGUGUGAAUCACCUGAUUCAAAGACAUGUUUUUAAGUGAUAUGUGACACAUGCAUGUGUCUGUGUACAGUAGAUGUGCAAAUAUAUAUUUUUCCUAGUUUCAUUUUUUUGUGCUUUAGAUUAACUCUGCAUAAAUGAAGUGUGGAUUUUUGAGAGAUGGUACUAUGUUUUGGUUCUGUCUUCGAACGUUUAUGUAUAAACAUCAGAAAGACGCAUUGAUAUAUUGGGUAAUGGUUAAGUGAGGUUAGUGUUUUGACAUAAAAUAUGUUUACAGAGUAUUCAGGAACAUGUAAGUGAUUGUACAAAAAAGAAUAAGAUAAGAUCCAAACAGUAUACAUUGUUUUAUAACGGUCAUAUAGCCUUUAGCAAUUAAUAAACAAACCACGACACAAUGUGUGCACCUCAUUAUGAUUGUCCGAUUAUUGACAAAAUAAAAAAUUGACCAGUA